UAAAUUAAAACGAGGCGAAAAGAAAAUGAGAGACGACUUGCUCUUCCUCCUCUACUGGUGGUCUCCGUCUUUAACAGGGCGUAAUCGCUCUUGAAAAGUGCUACUUCUUUCGUCUUUCAAGGAUCAUUUGCUAUUCCAUUUUUAAGUUGUGGUUGCAGCUACAAUUUGAAGAAUCGUAGAGGAAACCCCAUCGAUCGGGGUACGUUCUGUGUUGCUAUCCGUAUAUGGAAGCUCUCUUGUUCUGGCGUUGUUUGUAGCUUUUCAUUGUGGGUUCCUCGUUUCUGGGUUUUAUCUCAGAGAACUGAAGCUGAGACAGGGUUUUGCGGACUCGUAAUUUGAAGGAACGAGUAGAUGCUUGAGAAACUUUACCAGCAAGUCGGUCAGAACUCAGAAGAACGUCAGAGCUGAAGUUAUUGCUGUUUAGGGUUUCCUUCCGGUGUGUGAAGUUGGAGAAUCCGAUGCUGAAGAAGUGAAGCGAUUUGAAGGUGGUGAUUCGUAACAGUCGGAAAGAUGGUGGAGGGUCCAAAAUUCACCGGAAUUAUAUGCAAUGACAACAGUCCGAACAAUUUCUAUGAUUUUACUCAAGGGUUUUAUGAGAAACUUGGUGAGGGUUCCAACAUGUCAAUCGACAGUAUUGGGAGUUUGCCGACGAGUAAUGGUGGGGGUUCAGUCUCGAUGUCUGUGGACAACAGCAGCGUCGGAUCAAACGAUUCCCACACUCAUAUAUUAAAUCAUCCUGGUCUGCGUCCUGUCAAUAACAAUUACUCUGUAGGUCACAGUGUUCUUCGUCCGGGGAGGGUUUCCCAUGCGCUGAGUGAUGAUGCACUGGCACAAGCCUUGAUGGAUAGCAGGCACCCCACGGAAGGGCUGGCGAAUUAUGAUGAGUGGACAAUCGAUUUGAGGAAGCUUAACAUGGGGACUGCUUUUGCACAGGGAGCUUUUGGGAAGCUAUAUAAAGGGACAUACAAUGGUGAAGAUGUUGCGAUCAAGAUAUUGGAAAGGCCGGAGAACAAUGUAGAGAGGGCACAGUUGAUGGAACAGCAGUUCCAGCAGGAAGUCAUGAUGUUGGCCACCCUUAAACACUCCAACAUAGUCAGGUUCAUUGGGGCAUGUCGAAAACCCAUGGUUUGGUGCAUUGUGACAGAGUAUGCAAAAGGAGGAUCAGUCCGGCAGUUCUUGAUGAGGAGGCAGAAUCGAUCAGUGCCAUUGAAGCUGGCCGUGAAGCAGGCCUUGGAUGUUGCGAGAGGAAUGGCAUAUGUGCAUGGGCUGGGCUUCAUUCACAGAGAUCUGAAGUCAGAUAACCUGUUGAUUUUUACAGACAAGUCCAUCAAAAUUGCAGAUUUUGGUGUGGCACGUAUUGAGGUACAGACUGAGGGGAUGACCCCAGAGACCGGAACUUACCGAUGGAUGGCUCCAGAGAUGAUCCAGCAUAGGCCAUAUACACAGAAGGUGGAUGUGUACAGCUUUGGGAUUGUGCUCUGGGAGCUUAUCACGGGUAUGCUUCCUUUCCAGAAUAUGACAGCAGUGCAGGCAGCAUUUGCUGUUGUGAACAAGGGUGUCAGGCCAAUUGUACCCAAUGACUGCCUACCUGUACUCAGUGAAAUCAUGACUCGCUGCUGGGAUGCUAAUCCUGAGGUUCGACCAUCCUUUGCUGAAGUCGUUAGGAUGCUUGAGAAUGCUGAGACAGAGAUCAUGACUACUGUCCGCAAGGCCCGCUUCAGGUGUUGCAUUACCCAACCAAUGACAACCGACUGAUCCUAAUUUGGGGUUUUCUUAAAAAGAAAGAAAGAAGAGGGGGGGGGGGGGGGGUGAAGUUGAUUUUAUCUUAGCCUUGUGUAUCCACCAGUAUCUUCUUUGUUACAGAUAGGAAAAAGAAAUAUUGUGACAAGGACUCCUGGACUCUGGUAUUUACCUGGCUAGCUGCUGGUAUCUACUGGUUUUCUGCCUUUUAUUUUACUGGAUUACUGUUGUUGUAGUAGUAGAAGAGAUUUGAUGUGCAUCCUUCCUCUCUUGUUAUAUGUGGGCCUGCCUUAAUUCUAUUUGCUUUCUUUUUUUCCCCUUCAAAAAAGUGAGUUCUAUAUAUAUAUAUCAUUCUCCUUUUUCUGCAUUAA